AUGGAUGAGUCUGACAACGAGCAGGGGGUGUGGCAUAGACUACUCGAUGACUACUAUAAAUUGAACGAGACGAUCUCGUUAUUCAUAACCAUGCGAACCGCCGUUGUGCUCCUUCUGAUUCUCGAGCAAAUCCAUCAAUCGCUCGAAUUUGCGUUCGUCAAUCGCACGCACGCUGACAAAUUGCGCAUUUCAUCGGAAAAUAUUCAAAAGCUUUUCCCGUUGCCCACCCUUCCCACUGUGGUGAACACCACCAAGCGUGUUGGCGCCAAACGGUUCCGCCAAUUCGGACCACGAUGCCAGCACAUGGAAAAGUGCAAUGAUUGCGUUUGUUGUGGAAUUUGUAAUACCACCGAGUUCACCUGCCACAUUGUUCAUGGCGAGAUCGACUAUUGCCGACUCUACGAGUUUCUCACUCGAAACUCGAACGUCGAAGAUGUUGAGCUACCGAAAAUCCACUGA